UUGGGUGUAGUGCACACAAGAACGGACGGCCAGCAGCAAACUGGAUUUCUGCCAAAGCGCAGUACUUCAUCAAGAAGCGCAUACCAUGCCAUCCAGAAUAGGUUGUUUCAUUCGCGGUCAAAAAAGACUGGCGCCGUGCACAAGAAUGACAUAGCCGCAGAAAGAGACUGCGCUGCUGUUCAAGGGAUUCGGCACUGCCAAUACGCCCGUAUCAUCCGAUGCACGAGCAACCUUGAGGAGUUCUACCCAACGAAAAAAGGCCGUUUAAGCACCUUUUGAAUCCUAUUGACCAGUUCCCUGUGGCCCCGGUUUUGGUCCCCAGUCAGCUUGGUGACGUGAGGCGCAUGAAUCUGCUUGUCAUCCAGAUUGGGUGCUGGCACUUUGUAGCGAAAUGCCACUGAUGAUACAAAGCUCUUUCCAAUAUUACAUGUAUAUGAUGUUGUUACCUAUAUAUGACAUUGACAAUUCUUCAAUACUGGCUCAAGAUCAAUCGUGGACGGCCCAUUGGCUUUCUCAGGGUACGCCUUCGUCUCAAACCUCAGCAUCUCAGCCGCUGGGGCCUUGCGCUUUCAACCUUUGUCGGGGCUUCUGCCAUGGGAUGCCAGUGCCAAAGGUGGUUGGGAUUUCAGGACCCACUCGCGCUGGUAAGACCACCCUUUCUUAUGGCAUCGCAAGAAAGCUUUGCGACAUUGGUAGCGAGAAGCACAUGCCCCGGAUGUCCCGGAGCGACCGAGCGGAACGUUUCAUCCGCAUGAGAGCAGGGCCAGGUGCUGGAUAUUGCGUCAGUGUGAUCGGCCAGGACUCCUUCUUCAAGCCUGGCUCGGCGGACACCAAAUGGGAUGAUCCUCAAGCCAUUGAUCAUCAGAAAGUGCUUGAAGCUUUGGAGGGCGAGAUCGAUGGGCCCGUCGACUUGAUCCUGUUCGAAGGCUUCAAAGCCUUCCACGAGCCACGAAUUGUGGAGAAGCUGGAUCUCCUCCUGUGGAUCGACGUCAAGGAGGUGACCAGUCGCGAGCGUCGCAUGCGGGCGAAUCGGAAGGUGACCGAGGAGAUCUUCGCAGAGAUGUGGCAGUUCCAUCUGCAGUACGUGGAGCGCACCAAACGACUGGGGCUCUUCCAACAUCCGCGGUUUCGAAUGCUUGAGGGCGAACUGCCAAUUGCUGAAGUCCUCCAGCAUGCCAUUGAUGAUCUUUGUGGCUUUGGAAUUGUGGACCAAAGACUUGUGGAGAGCGUCCGAUCCCGAAGUCGAUCCAGAGGCAGAGACUCCGCCUCGGCCCUCCUAGGGUCGACGCCUUCACAAAAAAGAUGUGCCAACCCGUCGUGUUGGUUCUUUCAAUCGACCGAAAAGGAGGAUGGUGGAUAUUGUUGUAAGAAGUGCCAUUGGCGCCACGUGAGUGGAUCCAAAUCAGGCAAAAACCAUGACAGGGUCUGUGGUCGGAGCCCCGCCCCUAAGGAGACACCACAAGCGGAGCCUACGCCGCCCAGCGAUCCUUACCCCUUGGAGGAGACCAAAGAAGAGAAUGCUGUAAGCGUGGAUAGAGGGCUAGAGCCAGAUCUUGAAGGCAUUCAGGAGAAUCCCUUGUUCAAGAGCCAAUUUCUAUGUGCAAAUCCGAGUUGUCACUUUCUGGUGAGCCGUGACUUGACGGAUGGCAACUACUGCUGUAAGAAGUGCCACUGGCGUUUCGUCAGCCAAUCAAAAAGCGCCAAGAAGCGUCACAACUCCCACUGUGCAAAGAUUUACGUGGAAGGCGCAGCUCGAGCUCCACAUCGACCCCCUAAGGAUCCUUAUCCUGUGGAGGAGUGA